CUCACCUGACAGCAGAAGGGAGUGGCCAGGCACCUGUAUAAAUGAAAGCAUGUCAGGAAUUUCAUUCAUAACAUUGACAACCAUAGAGAGCAAGUAUGCAGAGAUCCCUGCUCUUAGCUGGCCUGGCCCUGCUCCUCUCCUCCAUGCCAGGGGAGAGCUGGCCACGCCAGGCCCAGAGAGAGGCCCUCGGGCUGGGCUUGGAGGGAAGCCAGAGGGCCCUGCUGCUGGAGGAACUGAAGGCAGGUUUGCUAAGCUCUAUGGGCCUGGAGAAGGAGCCCCGGGGGAGCCCCGGGGGGAGGCUGGAGGGGAGGCUGGAGGGGAGGCCAGGGGGGAGGCCAGGGGGGAGGGAUGGAGAGAUAAGGAGGAUAAAGCAACUCUACCAGGAGACACUGAGGGAGCUGAGAGGAAACAGGACUGGGAGAAACCAGCAGCACUCACAGAUAACAUCCACCCUGCUGCUCCCAGACUCUGUGUCCCCGGUGCCCUCUCUGGACCCAGAGCUGCUCUGGUACCAGGCCGUGUUCCAGCACAGACCCAGCUUCAGGACGGGCCUGGGUCUGAUCAAGGCUCAGCUCAGACUCUACACACACCUGCGGAAGGACACACCUGGCCCUGGCCCUGGCCCUGGUCCUGGUCCUGGUCCUGGACCUGGUCAUGGCCCUGGUCCUGGUCCUGGCCCUGGUCCUGGACUGGUGGUCCAGGUCCGGGUGUAUGAGAGAAGACAGCUGAACGAUACAGCUGCCAGACCCCCAGGGCAGCAGCCCCCCCUGCAGCCCUCCGGUCCGGGAGCUGCCAGCGUGGACGUGGGGCGGGAGGUGCGGAGGUGGAGGGCGGGGCCAGGGGGGGGGGAGCUGGUGGUAGAGAUGGGGGUGCUCUGGGCUGGGGGUGAGGAGGGGGGUUCUGGGCCGCCCAGCCUGGCCCUGGAGCUGGACCUGGCACCUAGCAGGCGGGGCCGGGGGGUCCGGGGGGACAGAAGGAGGAGGCGUUCCAGUGGGGAGCAGAGCUGCGAGGAGGAGGGUCUGUGCUGCAGGAAGUCCAUCAGUGUAUCUUUCGAGGAGAUUGGUUGGUCGGACUGGGUGGUGGCACCCCCUGGCUACACCAUGAGGUACUGCGGUGGCUCCUGCCCCCAUAACUACCGGCCGGCCAGCAUGCAUGCCCAGGUGAAGUCCCGGCUGCACCGGCUCUCCUGGGGCGGAGCUCCCCAGCCCUGCUGCGUGCCCGCGGGAUUUGAACCGCUAGUGCUCAUGCACUACGACAGCAGAGGAAAGCUGAAGCUCAGCACCUUCAGCGAUCUGCUGGUGACCAGCUGCCACUGCGCGUGACACACUGCAGGGACACACUGCAUAUGUACAUGGAUACAUGGAUAUACUGUAUAUAACUACAGAGAGAGAUGUUCUUGGACUCUGACAGACUCUGAAAGACACAUAAGCGACACUACACAUGUUGUUUUAUAAAACUAGUUACUGUUAACAAACUCUGUAUUACAAGAGGUCGUAUGACAUUCCUAGUCCUGUGAUAUCAUAUAUCUAUAUUUACAUUUAUACACAUGAAGAAGUGUAUUUCUAUUAUUAUUUCGUUGUUUAAAUGUGUAUGUACUGUAGGAACCAGGUCAGGCGUAUGACUGAAGAUACUCUGCUUGUUAAAUACAUUUCAAUUACACAAAUAACACCAAAUUACACAAUUAUAUGCUACAAUAUUGAUUGAUUGUGUUUAUGUUUAAUUUUUUCUCUAUUAACAACAGCAAGGAAAUCACAUUUACAUUUAGUCAUUUAGCAGACGCUCUUAUCCAGAGCGACUUACAGUAA